GCAGUUUUACCUUCUCAGGAGCAGACCGAAACGAAGUUACUUACUGUUGCCAUCCCCACAAAAAAAAAGAUAAACGUCGUACUAUUUUGCUACUCGGAAAAAUGUCACUCUGGACAAUAACGGUGCUGCUGUCGGCGGUGUUGCUCCUAAUGCACUCUAGCGACGGUGCAACCGUUUCCCCAACACCACGUAUCACCUCUUCGCAAGCGAUGGCCAAUUUCACCGGCAACCUAAAGCGGGAAAUGCAAUACAUCGAGAAAUCGCUAACCCCUUUGAGAAUGCAACAGCGAAAGCUGCAGCAAGCCUACAAUCAGUAUUCAACCCGAACGGCUCGCCAUGGUUGGAAUUCGGCCACGAAUCAACAUCAAAAAGCACAUCACAUACGACAUGAAGCCAUGCAGUUAAGGUCCAUUGCCGAAUUGGCCCGCAACCAACUCGCUAAACAUUACGCCCGGCAGAUGAAAAUAGUUCAAGCGAAAAAGCUCAACCGUUUCCGGAAUGAAAAGGUGGCCAACGACAUUGAAAAAACUACUGACGUGUACAAACGAAUCGUAGACCUGCUGAUCAACAUGAUCCAGUGCCCGAUUCACAUCUUGGAAAUGCUCGGUGGCGAUGGGGAUAGCUCGGAGUCCACCGUUUCUCCCACCACUAUCGGCGAAAAUGCUGAGUACACAGACACUGCAUAUUACGAGGGGGACUACAAAUAAUAUUCACAGAAGAAAAUCAUACGCUUUUCUCUCUGAACGUCUCCAUGAAAUGAAUCAAUAAAAAAAGGUCUCUGUCUGUGCAUUUUCUAAAAAAAAACGGAAAUUCCGAGCAAAGAGUCCUGUUAUUAUGA